AUGAGGAACCAAGAUGGUGCCCCCGUGGAUCUGGAGUUGAAGAAGGUUUUCACAGAGCUUCAAGCCAAAGCUAUCGACACUCAACAGAAAGUGAAGCUUGCAGACAUAGAGAUUGAACAGCUAAACAGAACGAAAAAGCAUGCACAUCUUACAGAUACAGAGAUUAUGACUUUGGUAGAUGAGACUAACAUAUAUCAAGGUGUAGGAAUAAUGUUUAUUCUUCAAUCCAAGGAGGUAAUUCACAAUCAGCUGUUAGAGAAACAGAAAAUAGCAGAAGAAAAAAGUAAAGAAUCGGAACAGAAAAAGUCCUACCAGCAGUGGAGCAUGAAGGAAGCUGAGGACAACAUCCGGGAGAUGCUGCCGGCACGAAGGGCCCAGUAG